UUGCAUCUGGUGCACUGGAACAAGACCAAGUUUAAGAGCUUUGCUGAAGCUGCAGCUGCUGAGGGUGGUCUUGCUGUACUUGGGAUGUUCCUUGUGGUUGGCAAUGAGCAUGCUGAACUGGGUAAGGUUAGCAAGCUACUCCCCUUCAUUCAACACAAAGGCCAAGCUAUUACAUUAACUGAUCCAGUUAACCCAGCAGCUUUCCUGCCUGGCAGUGGAUCUUAUUGGACCUAUUCUGGCUCCCUCACUACCCCACCUUGCUAUGAAUCAGUCACUUGGAUUGUCUUUGAGGAGCCCAUUCAGCUGUCCCAGGAGCAACUGGAUGCCUUUAGAGCAAUGAAAUCCUACCAUCCCACUGAGUGUUGCCCAGAGGAUGACCUUGGAGGCUGCCUUGUGGAGAACUACAGGCCACCAUGUCCUCUCUUUGACAGAGUUGUCCGAUCCUACAAGGACAAGAUGGAGGAAGAGUAAAACAAAGGCUGCAGAAGAAAAGUUAUGGAAGGGGAUUUUAAAGUGCUUAGAAUUUAACAAGAAAAAUAAGUGACACUCUAAACCAAAUUGAAGAUCCCAUAAAUGUCCCCAGUAAUUUAUGAAGAGUGAGCAGCAGUAUCAGUGGAAAUUGUUAAUACAAAGGAAAUAGUUUGAAAAUGAUUUAAAACAUUGGAACAUCAUAACUUGAAGUAGUCUUACUUUAGUUACACAAACUGAAUACAGUAGAAAUGUCUUAGAGAUUGGUAACAGUACACUAGACAAGUUAAAUGUACAGUGCAUUUCCAUCUGGAAAAAAAGUGCAUGGUAGGCAAGUACACAUUUAGGAUAUGUAUGGCUUACAAAUAUUUUGUAGAUCUAUGAAUAAUGAAGUUGAGGCAUUCAUUCUGGCCUUUGGCCCUGAGAUAGUUGUGUUGUUUCCACACAGUUAACAGUACAUGUUACCUCACAUUUGUCUUCCUCAUGUGUUAAGCUAUGUUCAGAAGGCACAUGACUUAUAGCUGAUGGAAAGAAGAGCAAUUUGUAGGCUUAAACAAUCCGAGGUAAAAUCAUUGUUAGGCAAGUGAAACCUUAGUUGUGAUCAUUCAUAUUGAAUAAUGAUUCAGGGGCCAAUUUUUAAGUAUUGCUGAGAAGUUUCAGAUUGUGAUAGUUAUGUCAUAAAUUUUAGUGGCAUGCAGGCUUACCUGGAAGGUGAUUAUUCAUUAAAAUCAUUGUAAAUAAGAGUGUUACCUACCUGUGUACUCAUUGAAUCAGACCUGUAAACACACUUGCAACCAUUUCUUGAUGCGAAUUGGCUGUGCAAAAAUGGAGAAUAUUUGUUAAUUUUA